UAGAGCAACAUUUUGACAAUCAUUUUAAAAACUUUAUAUAUCGUAAUGUUGAGUUUAUCAAAUUUUUAUUUCUAAAUAAGCGAUUUAGUUUAUAGAUCUCAUGCCAUUUUCAUUAAAGUUAUUUACACAUACAAUGUUAUAGACAUUGUGGUAAAAUGUUCCGUUAUAAUAUAAAACUGUGUUUCCCCAGAAACUUAGAGCUCCAGAGAUGUAAACACACUAGUAAGUUAGAUGCAAUACGAGAGAAACUAAAAGAUGGACCCAAUUUACAAGAUUUCAUCUCUGAGGAUCGACCAAAAGACUGGAAUGACUAUGAAGGAAAACUGAAGAGGGAAAAAGGUGAAAGGGAUCGUUUGAGACUUCCUCCAUGGUUGAAAACUACUAUACCUACAGGCUCCAAGUUCAGCGAGCUCAAGAAACAACUUCGUACAUUAAAAUUGAGUACAGUGUGUGAGGAGGCCAGGUGUCCUAAUAUCGGAGAGUGCUGGAGUGGUGGCAAACAUGGCACCUCAACGGCUACCAUUAUGCUAAUGGGCGACACGUGCACCCGAGGAUGCAUGUUCUGCUCCGUGAAGACAUCCCGAACACCGCCACCCCUGGACCCGGAGGAGCCAUAUAACACGGCGUACGCCAUCAACCAAUGGGGACUCGGCUAUAUUGUACUCACAUCAGUUGAUCGAGAUGAUUUACCCGAUGGUGGUUCUGGACAUUUUGCCGAAACUGUUAGAGAAAUAAAGAGACAGAAUAAAGAUAUCCUGGUGGAGUGCCUAGUGCCAGAUUUCCGCGCCAAUCGCGAUUCGAUCGAGACAAUAGCGAACUGCGGUCUCGAUGUGUUCGCCCAUAACAUCGAGACUGUGGAGAGAUUAACACCGUUCGUGAGAGACCCUCGAGCCGGGUAUCGGCAAACAUUGAAAGUGUUGCAGACAGCAAAAGAUAUUAAUCCAGAUUUAAUUACGAAGUCGUCCAUUAUGCUGGGUCUCGGCGAAAGUGAUCAACAGGUGGAACAAACUAUGAAAGAUCUGCGCACAGCAGGUGUCGACUGCGUUACCCUCGGUCAGUACAUGCAACCCACAAAACGCCAUCUCAAAGUAUAUGAAUACGUUACCCCAACGAAAUUUAAGCAAUGGGAGGACAAAGGCAACGAGCUAGGGUUCUUGUACACAGCCAGCGGACCCCUAGUUCGCUCCUCGUACAGAGCGGGAGAGUUCUUCAUAGCCAGCCUCCUGCGUGAUAGGAAAGCGAAGAGCUUGUGACCGAUAGAUGGCGCUGAUUAUAAAUUGUAGAAAAAUUAUUUUAUUUAAUGUUAUUAGAAACAAUAUGACUGCGUAUAAAUGUAAAAUAGUAUAAGAUGAUAUCGAGUAAUGAUUGUCCAACGUCAAUAGGCUUGAACGUACGAUUAAUGGGUUAAAAAGAGGUUACUGAUGUUCCAGAUGAUUUAGCUCAUUACCUAGUCAAAUUAGUUUUGUUGUAUAAUUUUUGCUUAGUCCUUUAUUUUAUUUCAUUUACACUUUAAUGUACAGUAAAUUUUUAUGUACAUUUGGUGGACUUAACAUUGGACGGUGUUCUCUACCAGUCAACCAUUGGACAAACAAAGAAAUUAGUAUCCGGUGCAUUAUUGAAUAGAGGAAAAAUAAAGUAAUACUUGAAAUAUUUAUACAAUAUAAAUACAAUAUAAUUAAAUUAAUCAACAUACGCAUAAUAUAUUAAAUAAAUAAAUUAAUACAUAUAUAAAUAAAUACAUGAAAGAUUACUAUAUAAAACAACUGUAAUAGAAGAGAAAAUAGCAAUCUAUGACUCAGAGUAACCAAAUAAAGGGAAAGUGUUUUUUCUAAGAAAUAGGUGCGCAACUUAUGUUUAAAAGGUGGCUUGCUUACGGUAGGUCUUAUGUCAAGUGGGAGUGUGUUCCAGUGUUUAAUAGCUUGAACUGUAAAGGUAUAGGAAAUGAAGCCAGUACGAUGAGCAGGCAUGUGAAGAACAUUCCUUCACGGACGAAGCCAACGAUUGGUAAUGUUCCCAUGAAAUUGAAAUUUAAUUUUAAGGUAGUCGGGAGAGUUUGGUCGAACAAAAUGGAAUGCAAAGUACACAAUAUGCGUGUAAUUCUACGCAGUUGGAUAAGGAGCCACUUAAGCUGCGCGCGGUAAGGAGAUAUAAGCUAAUACUUACGAAAAUUAAAAAUAAAACGUAUGCUAUUCUUGUGAAGACGAUCCAAUUUAUUUAAGAGGUUUUACUAUACCUACAGAGAUACAGGAAACUAUUAUAGUAGUUAGUAUUUACUUAUAAGGAUUAUAAGCAAAUUCACUUAAGCAGCAAAUUCCAGUACCUUUUUGAAACUCACGAUCGUAAGCUUCGUUCCAGUGAUACUCUCCAACUAUCUAUCCCCUCUCACCGUACUCGUUACGCUUCAAAUUCUUAUCUCCUACACUCUUCACGACUUUGGAACGCGCUACCUGAUACCAUUAAGAGACUACCGACUAAACCAACCGUCUUUAAAAAAAAAACGUUCACACCCACUUUUUUACUUUAUCCGAGCUGUAAGUGCUUUAUAUUAUUCUCAAUUUCAUGUAUAAUAGAGUAUAUUUGUUAUUUAUAUAUAUUUAUUCGUUUAUAUAUGUAAUUUUAGUAUGUACGAGUAUGUAUAUCAAUAAUUACUAGUGCCGCAUUCGAGUAUUCUGACACUAUCUUAUGGUUGACUGGGAGAGAAUGUUUUUAGCAUUAAGUCCGUCAUGUACACAUAUAUGUUUGUACAAAUGAAUAAAUAAAUUACAAUGAAUUUUAGUUCAAUAUGUUAGGUUUAAUAGAACUUACAAUUGUCAAUGUAAUUCAUACGCCUUAUUAAUACGGAAACAAUUGUUACAAUAUAUUGUAACCUUGUUAAUUUAAUCUGUUAUGAAAAUAGAAAAUAUAAGAAUUGUUGAAAA